AUGGAGAAAAAGCCCCAAGCGAAUCACUGUGCCCUGCUCAACGAGGGGAAGGAGGAUGAGAUGGAAAUAUUUGGCUACAAGUCCCACUGGUUCCGGAGGGCCCUGUGCAUUGCUGGGUACUUCCUGAGCUGUGGAGCUCUCCUGCUCAUCUUUUACUGGAAGCCGGCUUGGGACGUCUGGGCGAACUGUGUGCCGUGCGACUUGCAGGAGGCAGACGUGGUGUUGCUCAGAGCCACGGAUGAGUUUCAGAGAUACACGAGGAAGAAGGUGAUCUGGAUUGACUUGUCGAAACUUCUGGACGAAGAUAAAUCAAAUCACGUUCUUAGUGCUGACAAAGAAUGUGUCAUAUCCAAAGCCGUAAUGAAGCCACAGUUGAAAGUGAGAUACAUCCGGGUACAAAAAAUCCGCUAUCUAUGGGACGUCUCUGCAAAACAGUUCCACAGAAUUGGGUCACUGGAGGACAGCAACACGUGUUAUGAAAUCCAUCACAAGUUUGCUGAGGGGCUGACCACGGAACAGCAGGAGUUCCGGAAGUUAGUUUGUGGGCCUAACACCAUUGAAGUGGAAAUUAGCCCCAUCUGGAAACUGCUUUUUAAAGAGAUCCUGAACCCCUUCUACGUCUUCCAAGCCUUCACCCUGACCCUGUGGCUGUCCCAAAACUACUUUGUAUACUCAUCCACCAUCAUCUUCCUGUCCAUCAUCGCCAUCACCUUCACCGUCUACGACCUGCGGCAGCAAUCCAUCAAGCUACACAACCUGGUGGAAGAACACAACAACGUCACAGUCACAGCCUGGAUUAAAGAUGAAGGUCGCCGUCAGAUGAAGUCUUCUUCCUUGGUGCCGGGAGACAUCCUCCUCUUAGAAGGCCAGAAGCAUUCCCUGCCUUGUGAUGCCAUCCUCCUGGACGGCAGCUGCAUCAUCAACGAGGGGAUGCUGACAGGUGAAAGCGUCCCAGUGACCAAGACCGCCCUGCCCCACACGGAAAACACCCUCCCCUGGAAAACGCACAGCGUGGAGGACUACCGGCGGCACGUCCUCUUCUGCGGCACGGAAGUCAUCCAGACCAAGCAGACCGCUAAAGGGCCCCCCAGAGCAGUCGUGUUGCAGACGGGUGAGAGGGGGGCCUCUGGGAAAAUAGGAAGAGCCCUGCUGGCUCCCCCCCUCCCCCCCCGCUGGCAUGGGACAGCACUCUGUCUUGACCAUCUGGGGGGCUCUCUCUUCCCCCAGCAACCCGGAUCACUCACCCUGGUGAUGGCCCUCCUCCUGCUGACGGUUCCGGUGCCCCCGGCCCUCCCUGCCGCCCUCACCACCGGCAUCAUUUAUGCCCAGCAGAGGCUGAAGAAGAAGAAGAUCUUCUGCAUCAGCCCUCAGAGGAUCAACAUUGGCGGGCAAAUCAACCUGGUCUGCUUUGACAAGACUGGCACUCUGACAGAAGAUGGUCUGGAUCUCUGGGGUGCCAUCCCUUGCCAACAUGACAGCUUCCAGAAAGCCCACCGUUUCUCCUCCGGCCAGCCCGUGCCCUGGGGGCCGCUGUGCCAAGCCAUGGCCACCUGCCACUCGCUGCUGGUCCUGGAAGGGAAGAUCCAGGGGGACCCGCUGGACCUGAAGAUGUUUGAGGGCACUGGCUGGGAAAUGGAAGAGGCCUGUCCAGAGCACAGUAAAACCAGCACAGCGGAAGAGCACACCGUCAUCAAACCAGGACCAGACGCUGCUCCGGCCUCCGUGGAAGGGAUGGUGGUCUUGCACCAGUUUCCUUUCUCCUCCGCUCUCCAGAGGAUGUCCGUCAUUGUGCAGGAGGAGGGGAAGGACUCCUACGACCUCUACAUGAAAGGAGCCCCAGAGAUGGUGGCCAGUUUUUGCACAGAGCAGAGCGUUCCCGGGGACUUCCUCGCGGAGCUCCAGGGCUACACCUCACAAGGCUUCCGCGUCAUCGCUCUGGCCCACAAGGCGCUUGCCAUGGGGGAGGACGGAGAUCUGGCUGGCCUGGAAAGGGAGGAGGUGGAAUUUGGCCUGACCUUCCUGGGCCUGCUGGUCAUGGAGAACCGGCUGAAGAGCGAGACCAACCCCGUCCUGGAGGAGCUCAUGGCCGCCCGCAUCCGGACCGUGAUGGUCACAGGGGACAACCUCCAGACAGCCGUCACAGUCGCUAAGAACUCCGGCAUGAUUUCCAACAGUAGCAAAGUGAUCCUUGUGGAAGCCAAUGAGCCAGAGGGGUCGAUCCCAGCAUCCCUUACCUGGCAGCUGAUGGAGGACAAGCACCCACACCCCGCAGAGGGGAAAGACCUCUGCAUCCCCAUCGAGGAGAAGGCUGAGCCAGGCACUGACUUCCAUUUUGCCAUGACUGGGAAAUCCUACCAGGUCCUCACCAAAUACUUCAGCGCUUUGGUCCCAAAGGUACUGCUGAAUGGGACGGUUUUUGCCAGGAUGUCUCCCGGGCAGAAGUCCAGUCUUGUGGAGGAAUUUCAGAAGCUGAAUUACUAUGUGGGGAUGUGCGGAGACGGAGCCAACGACUGUGGGGCUCUGAAAAUGGCCCAUGCCGGGAUCUCCCUUUCGGAGCAGGAGGCCUCGGUGGCCUCACCCUUCACCUCUCAGGUCCCCAACAUCCAGUGUGUGCCAGAGCUGAUCAGAGAAGGCCGAGCCUCCCUCGUAUCCUCCUUUGCGGUGUUUAAAUAUCUGACCACUUACGUCUUGAUCCAGUUCGUGGGGACAUGCCUGCUUUAUUGGCAACUCCAGUUCCUGGGCAAUUACCAGUACCUCUUCCAGGACAUCGGCAUCACCAUCGUCAUCUGCCUCACGAUGAGCUUGACCCACGCCUAUCCCAAGCUGGCCCCCUACCGGCCCUCCGGCCAGCUCCUGUCUCCGCCCCUGCUGCUCUCCGUGGUCCUCAACGUUGGCUUCACUGUGGUGGUGCAGGUUGGGGGCUUCCUGCUUGUGAAGCAGCAGCCCUGGUACUUGGAGAUUCGCAGCCACAGAGGAUGCCCUUUAGCCAACCAGACCCUGACUCUAGGCCUUGGCAAUGAAACGGCCAACUCCACGGAGCCCCACCACCAGGUGCUGAGCUACGAGGACGCCACUCUCUGGCCGCUGGUCACCAUCAACUGCCUCAUCGCGGCCUUUGUCUUCUCCAAGGGGAAGCCUUUCCGGAAGCCCAUCUACACCAACUAUGCCUUCAGCACGGCCCUCUGCCUGCAGCUCGGAGUCGCCCUUUUCCUGUUCUUUGCUGACUUUGAGAGCAUCUACAAGGGCAUGGAGGAUGGGCUCCUGCAGAACCGCCGCCUGUGGUUGUGGAUCAAGGCGCUGUUUGGGUUCCGCUCCUCCAGCCAGUACCGGCUCUUGCAGAGGCAGCUCCUCCAGGACCCCAGCUGGCCUCCCAUGAACCGAAGGGACUUUGCAGAGCCCGGCCAGGGAGGGGCCUACGUCAACCCCGCCUACGAGGGGGAGGAGUCCGCCAAAAAAUAG